UUUAAAACUGUAUUUGGUUCCCACACUUAAAUCGAAAAGUAUAAGGUACGCCAAAAAAAAAAAGAAACUGAGAUGCAUCCAGUAUCAGAAAUGGCUCUGAAUCAUCAUCAGGAAGAGUUUUUCUCGCACGCGUCCAACAAUUACGUGAUAUUGUCCACGACCACGGCCCAACCGACAAUGAAAACCGUUACGGACGUAAAAAGAGCCCUCGCGCCUGCCCCUGCUACCCUCAAUACGACUAGCAACUCGGAUUAUCAGUGUGGCAAAAAGAAAGUACAAUCGCUUCAAUCGGCUUCGGUUGCGAGAAGAAACGCGCGCGAAAGGAACCGCGUAAAACAAGUAAAUAACGGUUUCGCGGCCCUCAGGUCUCACAUCCCCAACAAUAUACUGUCCAACGUAUUGUCUCACGGAGGUGGAAACAGCACCGGCCGAGGAAUGAGCAAGAAACUGAGCAAAGUGGAAACUCUCCGAUUAGCCGUUCAGUACAUCAGGAGUCUCCAGCAACUCCUGCAAGAAAGUGAAAGUGGAGAAGACUCGGCGCAUCAGAUCGCCAAACAGGAGAUGCCCGACUGCGAUGGCGACUUUUUGUCCAGUCCUUCGCAUUCGUAUUCUUCGCAGUCUGUACUGCUGAAAUCAUCGCCCCCGUCGAAUUCUUCCUCUCCCACGCCGUCACAAAGUUCCAGCUAUAGUGCCAAUAACUUGUACUUGAGUGAAAAUUGCGAAAACUUUCAACCUCAUAGCCCAGAGGACGACGAGUUACUGGACGCUAUCUUCUCCUGGCAACAUCACGAAUGAUGAUUCGGAUCUACGAAAAUAUCGUAAUUUAAGAAAUCAGUGCCUUCAGUCCUAUGCUGUGUUUAUAUUUAAUAAGACUUGCUUCAAUUGAUUUCUAAUGUUAUCUAGUCAAUAUUUUUACGUAGAAUGUAAAUAAAUAUAAAUUUUAUUGUACAAAAGGGUAGAUGU